AUGACUACAGUAGCAAAUGCAGGAAUUUUUUGUUUACAAGAAGAUAUAGUUGAAUGGUUAACACAUAAAAUCAAAACUCAUUGUUCACUUAAAGGAGUUUUAUUUUUCAAUUCAAUAGAACAUUUAACCAAUAAAAGUGAAUUAACAAUUCUUGGAAUUAUUAAACGUUUAUUAGUCCAACAACGUUAUAGACAUUUUAGAUUAGAACAUUUAGAUGAAUUAUUGAGACCUUUAUUAAUUGAUAGUAUUGAUAUUGGACAGGUUUUUACUUUUUGGUUUAAAAGUGGAGGUAUACCAAAUUUAUUAGUGGAAAAAUCUUCAAAUAAAAAUAACAAUCGUUUACGGCUUGUUCAAUUAAAUAAUGGCAGACAAUCCCAACAAUUAUUAAAUGGAAUACAACAUUGGGCUAAAAUGCCUUUAUGGCCUUUACCUAUUGAUAUACAAAAUGUUUCUUUACCUUUUAAAUUUAUGUUAUCACAAGUUCUUGAAUUAGCGCCACUUGAUAGAAAAUUGUUGCCUUUAACAAAUCUUGGAUUUGUUAAUUAUGACUUAAAAAGUUGGGAACGUAUUGUUCACGAACUUGGAGAUACUUCUACUUUAAAUGUAUUAAAUGCAAAGUCCCGUGCACAAUUACUUGGAGAUUUUUGUUAUUUUAAUGCUUUUGAUGGUUUAAAAUUUAUUUUUUUUAAUUCAUUUUUCAUCUACCAAAUUGUCCUCUCUCCCCUUCUUUAAUUAAUUACUCUCUCCAUCGAGAAGUUCAAAUAAUAAUUACUAACUCAAUUGCCUUUAUACAUUCAAACUUCAAAAUUUGCUUUUUCAAAUUCCGA